CUUGUAAUUAUUGACACAUGUAGUUUCAUGACAAGGGUUAGAGAAUAACACAAAAACUUUUAACUUUCCUCUUCUAGUGCAAUUAUGCUUCUUUGAAGUUUUCAACCCAUCAACAAUUCAUCGAGGGCCGUGGCUCUACGAGUAAGGAAACCAACUUACCUACGUAAUGAGCCUUUAUCAUCUUGUUAGGCUUGAUGGCCGAGAUUGCCGCCAUUUAUUGUAAACUAAGCCCAUGAGACCAAAUAUCAUAAGCCCAUGCGUCCAUCGUUCAUUAUCAGUACAGCAAUAUUUCAAUAUCAAUUUCUUACUUUACGUCUUUACCAUGCAUGAGAUAUCUUCGUGGUAUAUACUAGCGAUACCUAUAUGUGUCCUCUUCUUGCUAUGGAUUGUGGUUAUAACGGGUUUCCACAAUAACACGUGAUAAGAUGAUACUCAGGUCACUAAAUGAUCUUAGUAAAUACUAAUUGGAAUGGUGUAAAGAAAGAGUAAGAACGGACUUGGAUGUUUCUUGAUGUCUUCCUAUUAUACAUACUUUUCCACAUCUAACAUAAAAGAAAAUUAACAAUCUAAAUCGAACGAAAUAGACAGAGAUAUUUUGUUUGAAUCAGAGAAGAAGAAAAUGAUAAAAGACAACUUUUUCUUGUCUUCAUAUAUAACUAAAACGCUAGUAAACUUUACUACGACUUUGUUCCUACGCGUAGGACUCAAUCUCAUUUCUAUGGCGGAUACGGUGAAGCCUAUCCUUAUCUCCGCGGUUGAUCUUGCGGUUCAAGUUAUUCAAGCGUCAAACGAAGCCAGAUUAUUCAAGAAGGAGUGGGACGUGGUCAAGAUCAAGGUACAAAACUCUUAGAACUGCUGGAGAAAGCCUUAACCGCCAGCUCCAAUCUAUGCGAGUUUCCGACCCGCCACGUCAUCUCAAUCGCCGAAGCUGUGCUUCAAAAGUCUCUCGCUGUGUUAGACAAGUGCAUCCCAAAGCUAAGGAAUCGCGUCUUGACAAUAAUCCGCGUCUCCACUUACCAAAAAGAUGCUUGUCCGGCUGGAAAGAUCCAUCAUCAACGUCUCGUGGCUCCUCAACGUCUCCACUCCAUCACAUGAUGGCAAACACGAGCAGCUAACUGGGACACUUGAUGAUGACGCCUGUGAAGCAGCUAGGUCGCUGAGAUCAAUGGCCAGUGACAACCCUAGAUGCGCAGAGAUCAUGAUCCGUAAUGGUUUGUGUUCUGUAUUUGUUAAGAUCCUCAAACAAGGGUCGAUGAGGGUUCAAGCAGAGGUGGCUUGUGCCACGUCCGUGUUGGUCUCGAGCUUCUCCGAGAGCCAGGACUUGUUCGCACAACAUGACGUGAUUCAGCUCCUUCUAAGCCUUUUGACUUCAAAGCUCGAAGAGGACUCUUGGCACAUGAAGGCAAUGGCAGCAAAAGCUUUGAGGGAGCUAGCCAAAGGAAAUUCAUCUAUCAGCAAAAGCAUCACCGAUUCAAAAAGAUUCUUGCGUUUCGCAGAUUUGCUUGAGAUACAAGACAGAGAAGUUAGGCUCAUCUCCUUGAUGGUUUUAAUAGAGAUUACUUCUGUGGCAGAGAUGGACUCUAGCUUGAGAAGACACUCAGCUUUCAAGUGCAAGUCUCCAGUUUUCAAGGCCAUUGUUAAUCAAUUCCAUAAGCUCAUUGAAGAAAAUGGAGACAUGGUUUUACUAAUACCAUACAUCACAUUAAUAGGGAACCUGGCACGAUCAUUUAGAGCGUCCGAUACAUCAAUGAUUGAACAAUUGGUGAAGCUUCUUGGCCUAAGAGAUCGAGAGGUAUUAAGAGAAGCAAUUGUAGCACUCACUAAAUUUGCUAUCCCGUGUAAUUACUUACACAUAGAUCAUUCAAGAGCAAUAGUAGAAGCUGGAGCUGCAAAGCGGCUCAUCGAGCUAUCUUCUUUAGGAUGUGAGAUUCGGAUUCCAGUGUUAGAGCUUCUGAAGUUCUGAUCUGCAUCGCAGUUCAUGUGCCAGAGAAGAACAAGUCAUGGAAGUAUUGGAAUGUGCAUCGAAGCAACCAUUUGAGUAAGUCAUAAAUGUAAUAAUUUGUUAAAUGAUGAUUUCUCUAAAGCUUCAAAUAAUUAGUACAAGAUCAUUUCCAUUGUAAAUUUACAAAUAGAAAAAAAAUACAAUUAUGUCAUCGACAAUCUUAAUGUGCAUAAAACUCUCCGUUGAUGUAUUACUUCAAAAAGCAAUAAAUCAUUGACAAUCUUUUGGUUAA